UUUCUCAUUGUCACAUGACGCAUGCAUCGGACUUGCACUGUCAUUUCUCCUUCAGGUCUACGCACUGACCGUUGUUAGACGUCAAAUUUGGCUCGUGUAACUUUGCGAAUCUGUAUUGCCAGCAAAGUUUCAGAAUGCACCAUUUCAUGAUUCUACUUUGGAGCCUUGCAGCUCUCUGCCAGGGUGCAGUUUUCAAAACUGGGCCCCUUGACCCCUUCAUGGCUGAGGCAGAAUUCGUCAAUUCAAUCGUAACAACUUGGAAGGCUGGGCCAAACUUUGCAGGGUACUCCCGACAGGAUGUGAAGAGACUCAUGGGAGUUCUCACUCCCACCCCGGAGGAAUUCCGACUGCCACCUAAGACACACAACCUUGGAGCAUCAGACAUCCCCGAUAGCUUCGACUCCAGGGAUAAAUGGAAGCAGUGUUCAAGCCUGAACGAGAUCCGCGACCAGGGUGCAUGUGGGUCCUGUUGGGCUUUUGGAGCUGUGGAAUCCAUGACAGACCGUCUUUGCAUUAUGCGAGGAGUGAACUCCCGUAUAUCAGCUGAGAACCUGGCGACUUGCUGCACAUCCUGUGGGGAAGGAUGCAAUGGAGGAUAUCCCGGUGCAGCCUGGAGGUACUUCAAACGUACCGGCAUUGUCACCGGUGGCCCGUACAACAGCUCAAAAGGCUGUCAGCCCUACAAGAUACCAGCCUGCGACCACCACGUCGUGGGGAGACUAAAACCAUGCACGGGUGAUGACCCCACUCCCAAGUGUGUCCACAAAUGCAUACCGAGCUACAACAUCUCCUACAAAGAUGAUUUACAUUUCGGAGAGAACGCCUACUCGAUCCCCAAUAAUGUGUCCCUUAUUCAAGCUGAAAUCAUGACCUUUGGCCCUGUGGAAGCUGCAUUCACAGUGUAUUCUGAUUUCCCUCCUUACAAGUCUGGGGUCUACAAGCACGAGACGGGCUCAGUGCUGGGUGGUCACGCCGUGAAGAUCCUCGGGUGGGGAGUGGAGAAUGGUGUGGACUAUUGGCUGGUUGCCAACUCUUGGAACACCGACUGGGGAGAUAAAGGUUUCUUCAAGAUCCUGCGUGGCAAAAACGAAUGUGGAAUUGAAGAGGCCAUCACUGCUGGCCAGCCGGCUAUGCAGUAAAGACUGCCAGAGACAUCACUGCACUAGGCCGCCAGAUGCAAAGGCAAUCUCAGAAAACCAGUCCUUUGUAACUGCCGACCAUUUGUGUGCCUAGGAUUUUUUACAAGGGAAGUCAGUUUUUCCUCCACAAAAGUGAUAUGGUAGCUCGAAAUCAGGCGCAUUCAGUCACCUUUAAGCUUCUGCAAUUUAUGAAAAAUGUAGAUUGUGUGAGUUCACACCUUUUUUUGAAAUUGGUUUAGUGGAAAAUUUUCCAUUUUGGAGUCCAAUUGUUGGAAUGAUUUAGAGUUUGAGUUUGGUGACAAGAAAUGAUUUGUCUGCUACGCCUGGUUUUAGCCACCACAUCACAAGUUUCCAGUACAUUUUUAUUAAAUACUUUUUUGCUCGUAUAAUGACUUAAACAUGAUAAAGGUGCAGAUGUAGCUUAUAAGAUAAGGCGGGUGUUAUGCUUGGGAAAAAGGAACAUGGGGAAAAAAUAUUUUAACUCUAAAGCAAAAUCUGUAUUAAAGUGUGAAAUACAUGAGAAUUGAAUUUCAUGUGCCAAGAAUUGAAAUAAUAAUUAUACUCCAGAAGGAAUCGUUGUGCUUUACAGAAAAAAAUUAAAAGGUAAACAAAAAAAGUUACAUCAUUGAUAAAGAUUGAGGGAAGCUGAAGUAAAAAAAAGGAUAAUUAUAUUACUGAAAUUUUGCAUCUUUUUUUUUCUUUUUCUUUUUUUUUUUUUGUAGUGCAAACCUUUUUCACGCAAUCGGUAAAACAUGAAGCAUGCUACUCAGUGUUUAUACACAGGGUUUAGCUUUCUAAGUCUUUUUCUAUAGUUACUCUUAUUUGUUUAAAAAGUUCAUUUAUUAAAAUGUGUCCCUUUUGGUUUCUCAGGAUGGCUUUUUUGUUAUUGCAGGGUGGUUGUUUUUUCUAGGGUAGAUAUUUUGUUUCCUCAUUUGAAAGACAAUUAAAUUCGUCCCAAGUUAUUUUCGGUUUUGUGAUGCAUGUUUUUAUAUCUUUCUUCUGGUCUAAUUGGUUUCCUGUACGUUUUGUGUAUCUAAAAUACUACUGAAACGAAUUCUGUUCUUUUUAUUACUUCCAUUUCUGGACGCUUUUUCUGUGGAGACAUUUCUUUGGUGUUUCGUGACAGGCAGGGAAGGUUUUGAGACUGUUAGAUGGUUACAUGGUGCAUGUAAUUAGACAUCUCAAAACUGACAUUGGAGACUUGGAAAGUGGCUACGUUACUCGAUUUGUGUUUGGUCCGUCAAGUCAACGAAUUUUAUGAAAAUGGAAGUAACAUGCGUGUCGUUGCAGCACACAUUUUACGCUUUUGUUGCUGUCGUUGAUAUUUUGUAGACUGUAUGAAUCUAAAAUCAAAUUUUGUACUAUUCUCCUAAAUAAAUUUGAUUUAAUACAUGGCUUUCA